AUGUGGGAGAGAGAGGCCACUUUUUAUGGCUAACGAGUGAAAUAAGGCAGUUUUUUUAUGUGUUGAGGCCAAAGAGCGCCGAGCGUUUCCGCACCAGUCAUGGAGGAGAUCAGUGAUGUGGCUGUACUCAUCGCACAUUCCUCCUCUGCCUCCUCCACCUCCUCUCCCCCUCCGGCCCUGGGCUCCCACUGUCAGUCUCAAAACAGGCUGGGUGUUGAGGAGGACGCCUCACAGAGGCUGCAGCAGAAACAGGCUGCCGACUCCCUCAUCCAGGUCAUUGAGAAGCUCAGCAAGAUUGUGGAGAAGCGACCCCAGCGCCGCUGCACCAUGGCUGGACAGAAAAGAGCCGUCCAACAGGCCUGUUCUGCGGGAGUAGCAGCCGAGGGGAAGAUGGUGAGCAGAGGAACCUCGCCUUGCAAGAAGGUCAGGAGGAACUGUAAAGAAGAGAAGGGAGAAGAGGUGAGGUUGGAUAGCAGUACCUCUGUCAGCACUCCUCCUCCCUCUGCACUGGGUGACAGUAACAACAACAUCACUACUGCUGUAACAGAGGUGACCAACAGUGUCAACAUCAGCAGUCACAAGCGGACAGUGACAUGCUAUCAGUGCAGCCUGUGUCGCUACCUCUCCCCAACGCUGGCCUUGUUGAAGGAGCACCUGAAGCAGCAUGACGAGCAGCACAGCGACCUCAUCCUCAUGUGCUCUGAGUGUCGCUUCACGUCCCGCGACCAGGGGGAGCUGGAGGCUCAUGUUAGGCUUCAUUUCGACGAUGGAGGCAACUUGACAAAGAAUCCCGCUACAGCAAAUCUUCACCCCCACAGCGACGGGAAGGAAGAGGUUUUAAGAAAGGGCGACGAUGAGAAGGCUGGAUGUGGUGGCGUUGCAGGAGCCGAGGUUAUCAAAAACUCUGUGGGUGCUGCUGAGGAGCUUCCACAGAAAAAGAAAUGGUAUAGCUACGAAGAAUACGGAUUGUAUCGCUGCCUAAUCUGCAGCUAUGUGUGCAGCCAGCAGCGGAUGCUCAAAACACACGCCUGGAAGCAUGCCGGCCUGGUCGACUGCUCUUACCCCAUUUUUGAGGAUGAAGAUGGGGCUCCCGCUAAAAGAGAAGCCCAGGCUCCAGUGGGUCUCUCUGCUAACACUACUGCAGCCAGAGAGGAAAUUGUUGUCCUUUCGCCAGUUCUCCAGGACAAAAACCUGCGCAAGAUCCCCACUACCUUCAAGCUCCAGCUCUGUGCCCCUCUGGCUGUUGAGAGCAAAAAGGAUAUGAUGAAUCAUUCAAUUGCAAAUCAUAAUGAAAGCCCAGUAGCAGCAGAGGAAGAGGAGGAAAGUAUAUACCCCAUCAAAGACCUAGCCACCGAGGAGCCAGUGGUUGAGGUACAGGUGACCACAGAGGCAGAGACUGAAGGGGAGAUUGACAGUCACCAUGUUAGCUCCUCCGUGACGGACAGCUUACUAUCAUCAGCUCAAAAGAUUAUCAACAGCAGUCCGAACAGUGCCGGUCACAUCAAUGUGAUUGUGGAACGCCUGCCCUCGGCAGAGGAUUCAGUCAUAGCAGCUAAUCCUCUUCUUCUCAGCCCAGACAUGGUUGGGGACAAGAGCUUAUUGCAAGCUGAAGAGGAAGACAUGCGUCACAUAGAGCCAGCUCACCAGCAGUCGCCCACAAUCUCAAGCAAAGAGGAGAAGGAGGAGGUGGUCAUUGGCUGGAGUGCAGGUACCAGUGGUGACAGACAGCCAGUGGGAGCUGAUAACAAACCCCCUAUCGCAAAAAGUAGUGAUCCCCCUCGGGAUGAAAACGUCCCCCCGGUCGGCCGCAGGAGGACCCACUCUGAGUCCCUCCGGCUGCACUCCCUGGCUGCUGAGGCCCUGGUAGCUAUGCCCAUGAGGACGCCUGAACUUCCUUCUUCCAGCACCAGGUCCAGUCCCAAAACCGUUACAGCUCCAGCACAAUGCCCUGACACAGGCCAGAGACUCUUGGAGGUGACAACUUCAGCAGGGAAGACUUCUGAAGUUGGGACAGCAGCGGCUUUGGUGGACUUGGAGCUUCAGGGCGAGGACAGAGAUGAGGGACUGGUGUCAUUGGGUCUGGGGGAAGUAGAUGAAGAGGGUCCUGCCGCUAAGGCCGGCAUCAGCUUGUCUCUGCUCACUGUCAUCGAGAGACUCCGAGAGCGGUCCGACCAGAAUGCCUCGGAUGAAGACAUCCUGAAGGAGCUUCAGGAUAACGCGCAGUUCCAAAACGGAGCAGUGGCGGGAGUGGUAGCAGGGAAUGGCGCCGGGGGUUACAUGUGCAACAUUGCAGGGAUGGAUGGGGUGGUUGCUUCCCCCGAUGGCGGUCUGGUGGACUACAUUCCUGGCAGUGAGAGGCCUUACCGGUGCCGCCUGUGUCGUUACAGCAGCGGCAACAAGGGCUACAUCAAACAGCACCUGCGGGUCCAUAGGCAAAGACAGCCGUACCAGUGUCCCAUCUGUGAGCACAUUGCCUCAGACAGCAAGGACCUGGAGAGCCACAUGAUCCACCACUGCAAGACCAGAAUGUACCAGUGCAAGCAGUGCCCAGAUACAUUUCACUACAAGAGUCAGCUGAGAAAUCAUGAAAGAGAGCAUCACAGCUUCAGCAACGCCGUGGCAGCCCUCACGCCAGUCACCGAAACUGCAGCCGUGGCAGAGGAAGCUGACCGGGUAACAGAUGAAGUGUCUAGCGAACAAAAGGUGUAUAAGUGUGACGUGUGUGACUACACCAGCUCUACUUACGUUGGGGUGAGGAACCACCGGCGGAUCCACAACUCUGACAAGCCUUACAGGUGUUGCAGCUGUGAUUUUGCCACCACCAAUAUGAACAGUUUCAAGAGCCACAUGAGGAGGCAUCCUCAGGAGCACCAGGCUGUGCAGCUGCUGGAGCAGUACAGGUGCUCUCUGUGUGGCUAUGUGUGCAGCCAUCCCCCGUCACUAAAAUCCCACAUGUGGAAACACGCCGGAGACCAGAACUACAACUACGAGCAAGUCAACAAAGCCAUCAAUGAGGCCAUUUCCCAGAGCAGUCGCACCCCUCAGAAGCUGUCAGCUGUGUUUGAGCCCGUGGCAGAGCGGCCCGUUGUGGUCCAACCACCGAGGGAUAAAGCCAAAGGCCCGGCGGAGCCAGCACCGACGCCCACAACAGCAACAGCCGUUGGCGUGGCAAUGGCAGACGGGUCAGCAGGCCCUCCACCACCCGCUGCAGAGCCUUCACAGUGGCCUAGCGAAUCCCCGACCGCCCAGGGGAAGGAGCCGGUGCAGCCCCAGCUUCAGCCCCAUCCCCAUCCCCAGGCCCAGCAGGGGGCAGGCCGGGCUCCCGUCCCAGGCCCGGGCAUGGAGUACUGCGUGCUGCUCUUCUGCUGCUGCAUCUGCGGCUUCGAGUCCACCAGCAAAGAGCGGCUGAUGGAGCACAUGAAGGACCACGAGGGAGACAUCAUCAGCAUCAUCCUCAACAAGGAGCAGCCACAGCAGCCAGAGCCACAGUCAGGCCUCCAGACAGCAGAGGGCAGUGCAGCACAGUUUUCUCGGAACGUCGACCGAAGCGGGUACGCAGGCUUUUCGGCAUUGAGAGCAGAAAGGGCGGUGAUGUAAUCAAACACUUGUAGAGCAACAGUUAGAGGACUGGUGAACUUCUCUCAUCCUGUGAGAAACUUAAAUGAGUGCCAUAUUAGGUUAUUUGAAUGCAACCUGUUAGACUGUCAAGGGAAGAACUGUGUCAUUAUUUUGUGAUUAGUUCUGUUUUUUUUUUGUUUUUGUUUUUUGCUGUUGUUGUUUUUUGUGCCUUUCUUUUCAAGGUAUCCCGUCUUGUCACAACACCAGAAUUUGACUUCCAUACCAAAAACAAAGCCGAAUGUCUUAGAAAUUCUUUAUUGCAUUGAUACUGCAGCAAACAAGAAAAAAAAAAAAAAAAUACAACAAGCAGUUAUAAGUGAGAUAGUAAUUUCCACAUUUUGCACCUGGCUGCUCUUUUGUGAACUGGUUCAGGUUGAGGACUGUUUUGUCAUGAUUUCAGAUGUUGCUGCAGCUCUGUCUAUUCCAGUUUUUGUAAUUAAGAAAGUGUAACCAGAUUACUUUGUUAUCAGAAAGUAUUCAAACAUUUACAACAUCUUCUUUCGUUCACCAUGGUAUGAAAGCAGUUAAAUUUCAGGCACUGUGACAACGCCGGUUAUCAUAUAUGGAACACCUUUUUGUGUGUAGACAUGUCUGCCUUUUUGUUUCAUAUUGCAAAAACUGUUUCGGGAGACGGCAAAAAUUCAACAUGUGCAGGGUCUUGUUAAAAGCAGAACACGAAAACAGGCCUUGUCUUCCACAGAUUACCACACAUCCAACCCGGCGAUGAGCACAGACACUUGGUACUGUAUUUUCAGUAUGUACAUUCUGUAACUGAAUACUGUAGAAUUGCAAAACUGACUUUUUUUAAGAGGAAGAAAAAUCUAUUUUUUAAUGAUCUUGUAAAAAUAAAUAAAUAAAACAAAACACUAAGGCAAAAAAUUAUAAAAAAGUUUUAGGUCGAUGUUUUGGUCUUUUUAUGUACUUAACGCUUUUUGAGGGAACUGACAGUUUUAAGUUAAACGAAGCACACCGAGCUGCGUGCGUUUAAAACCAAAGGAGCUAGAGAAUGUGCAGCGUCUCUGUGCCGAUCAGUGCAUUUCUGUUCAUAUUCAAUUUUGUAACUGAAGUUCAACGUGGAAUUGUCCAGACAGCAGUGUGGUGCUUGCUUUAUGUUUAUUUAUUUUUGGAACAUCAUAGGCAGUAUUAUGUCACUACUUUGCCAUUGUAUUUUUGUUAAUAAAGACGGAAAUGAAA